ACAUGACCAAUGUAGAUAUUCCCCGCGCAUCGACAAGCCCUAGCCGCCCACUUUCCCCGCCAAAACAAGAACCUUUGCCUCCGGCGAUCGCCGGAGCCCUGAAGUGAACCCCGCACAGGAUGCCGAGAAAAGCGAAACCCACGGUCAAGCCCGCCUCCACCCCCGCGACCGGCGCCACGCAGUACUGGCUUCUCAAGACGGAGCCGGGGGAAUGGUCUUGGUCUGACCAGGCGCGCGCCCCCGGCGGCGCUGCGCCGUGGGACGGCGUCCGCAACCGCCAGGCCAUGAACAGCCUCCGCGCCAUGCGUACCGGCGAUCGAUGCCUGUUCUACCACUCUGGUGCCGGCGCCGCCUCCCGCCGCGUCGUCGGCGUCGUGGAGGUCGCCAGUCCCUGGUACGAGGCCGAGGGCGAGGGCGAGGGGAAGGAGGCCGGCGGCGCCGUGGACGUGCGGGCGGUCGGGGAGUUCCUGCGGCCCGUCGCGCUGGGGGAGAUCAAGAAGGCGGCGGGCGAGGUGGAGGGGAUGAAGGGCUUCGCGCUGCUUCGGCAGCCGCGGCUGUCGGUGAUGCCCGUGCCGGCGAAGGUCUGGGACUGGAUUUGCGAGAUGGGAGGGGGGUUUGUACAAGACGGCGAGGUUGAGGAAGAAGGUUGAUGCUGUAACGAUCAAGGCAUGUAAGGGUGACUUGUGCAGCUGGAAUGUGGCGUUUUGUGGAGUCCUUUUGGCCUGCAAGGGGUGCUCAGGAGUUUUUAAGUUCCGAAGAUCACAUCGGAGGUAUUCCGUGCAAAGUUCUUCAGUGUUUGCCCUCUCUGCACCGUAGUCCAGCAAAAACGCGGGUUACUAGUUAAUCUAGGUAAGUUCAGUGGCUCAUGUCGCAAGGGUAGCUUGGAUCUUAGAGCUCUAAGAUCGAUAAGUGCGUGAGCUGUUGUGGGUGAUUAGCUUUUGUUUAGCUUGUGACUUCCUAUUCUGGGUAAUCUACUUGCUGCAAUGCAUGGGCAGCUGGAUACACGGUUCCCUGAAGUGUCAAGCAGGCACUUCGUGCUUUCGAUGCUAUGGCAUAUGGUUGACUGCUUCUCAAUUACUAACUUUGCGAUCAUGAUAUCUAUCUAGUUCCUGACAGACCUUAGAUGCUCUGUUUUAUUUCUCAAGUGCACAUUAUGAAAUGCAGGUGGCACAUUGAUCCAUAGUCCACAUUUUUGUGCACAAACAGUUCCUCUGCAAUUGUUCAUUUGUCACUGGAAAAUGCACAAGGAAUUUAUAUCCAGUGAUGAAGAACGCCAUGUCUAUAAGGUGCUCUCAGGAAUUU